AUGGAUGCGGCGGACAAGCGCAUGCUGGAUCGCGAGGCGCUCCGCACCAUGAUCCAGCAGUGGAACGCGAACCGUCUCGAUCUGUUCGAACUCAGCGAACCGAACGAGAAUUUGGAGUUCCAUGGUGUGAUGCGUUUCUAUUUUCAAGACUCAGGUCAGAAGAUAGCUACAAAAUGCAUACGUGUAGCGUCGGAUGCGACUGUGAGCGAUGUUAUAGAAACGCUGAUCGAGAAGUUCCGUCCGGACAUGCGAAUGCUGUCGCUGGGCUCGUACUCGCUGUGGGAGACCCACGGGCCUGACGACGAGCGCCGUCUUGAGCCGCACGAGAAACCACUGCUCGUACAACUUAACUGGCACACAGAGGACCGCGAGGGAAGAUUCCUGCUCAAGUGCCUUACUAAUAAUGAGGUGCCUUUGUCUACAGUUAAUGAAAAAGCAGACCAGAAUUUUAAACGAAAAUUGUCAAAACGAGAAAAGAAAGAAUUAAAAAAGAAAGAAAAGCUAUCGAGGUUAAAAUCUGACACUAAUGAUGAAAAUCGACCGGUUGCUGAAAAACUAUACACAGAAUUGCCGGAGACCUCGUUCACGCGCAGCAUCAGUAACCCAGAAGCGGUGAUGCGGCGACGACGACAGCAGAAGCUCGAGCGGAAGUUGCAGCAAUUCCGCAGCAAAGACGGCGGUCCAGAUACCGGUGGGACAUUGAAGAUAUACGGCUCAUCGCUGUGCCCAGACGUUCCAUAUAAGACACUACUGGUAUCCGUUGGUGACACGGCGGCAGCGGUGGUGAGAGAGAUGCUCGACAAGUACGGCCUAUCAAGACACGACCCCCAUCACUACUGCAUAGUUCAGGUGGAUACAACCGACAAUUCUGAGUAUAUACUGGACGACGACGAAUGUCCACUCGCCAUCGUGAUGACACAUCACCAUCACAGCUCCAUCAUGUUCCACGUGCGGCGGCGGCCGGCGGACGCUCAGCCGCGGCGACGUAAGAAGAAGGCCGGCGGCAGCAUCGGCAGCGGCGGUAGACCCGGCAGCGAGCCCGUGCUGUUGGAGGUCACGCCCGAUGGUACCGCGCUAGAAAACGGCCGCCGGCUACGCAUCACUGACGUCGUCGAGGUGGGUUCGGGAAACGGCACUGCACUGCAACUAUACGGACCGUCCAUACAGCCGCGGCACUGCGUGGUGGCGCCCGCCGACGGCGGUGGGUACACGGUCACGCCUCUCCACGCCGACGCCCACGUAUACCUCAACGGACGCCGCGUUACGCAUACGCAACGAUUACAGCAUGGUUGCCUGCUUAAAUUCGGGAGAAUUUCAACAUUUCGCUUCAUAGACCCUAUGCAAGAGAACAUUCUCAAUAGGAAUCUUUCACAAUCACAACACUUCGGUUCAGGCUCCAUAUAUGACAGAAUGAGCGCCGUAGUACCUGCAGCGCGACCUGGACAGGAAGCCAUCUUGCCGGCCGUACUAGAGUUCCCUGAACAGGGCCAGGCUCAGUUCUUGGCCGCGGUGAUAACACGGCUAGAUCCGCACGCGCCCGCCUUCAAACUCGCACCAGUCUACACAUUGUACUUGUGCGCAAGAUAUCGAGCGUCCACACACUACCGGCCAGAAUUAACUCCAACGGAGCGAGCCCAUAAACUCACAGCGUUCCUACAUCACGUCGCCACUCUCAUUCACGAAACUGUACAGCAAAGAUGCAACGACUCCGCAGCUCAAGCAUUUUGGAUGGCUAACGCCAGUGAAUUACUACAUUUCUUAAAGUGCGAUCGACACAUAUCGUCUUUUUCGACACAAGCUCAAGAUUUGUUGCCAACCACCGUGCAAAAUGCCUUUAGCAACCUAGUGUCCUGUUUCCAAGAAGAACUAUCUCGCGCGCUCGCCACUUUAACUAAUCCCAGUAUAAUCGAUGCGACUGAAGCGACAGCGCCCACGCUGCAGACGUUGGCCGCCGCUAUGGUGUUGUUGCGACGUUGUCGUGUUAAUGCUGCCCUCACUAUACAACUCUUCUCGCAUCUCUUCCAUUACAUCAACGCUGUAUGCUUCAAUAAGUUGGUUACUGAGCCAGGCACGAUCAGUGCGCGAUGGGGCGCGGCUCUAUCGGCUCGGUUCGCGCUUCUGGCCGCGUGGGCGGAACGUCAGGGACUCGAGAUAGCUGCCGACUGUCAUCUGGCGCGUACGCACCAAGCUGCACGUCUUAUACAAGGCGAGUAUCGUACAGCGGACGAGGCUCGUGCGGCACUAUCCGCUUGCUUCAAACUGAAUUCUGUGCAAGUGAGAGCGUUGCUCGCUCCACUCACUCCGCCCGAAGUACUCGAAGCUGCCGUCAAUCACGCUCGUGCACUCUCCGAUGAAUUACAUCGUUCAGACGGCCGCGAGAUACGUUUGGAGGAGAGCGUGUGGCUGGGCACCGGGCUGCUGAUCCCCGGCGACGGGUUCAGCGCGGAGGUGGUGCGCGGCGUGCCGCCGGGACUGGCCGAGUUCGUGGCGCCGCUGCAGCGCGGCGGGCUGUGCCGCCUGGCGCACCAGCCGCACGCGCUCGGCGCCUGGACCGUGUACAUGGGCAGCGCCGGCCCGCCGCGCGCGCCCGACCCGCGCCUCACCAUCGUGCAGCUCAACAAGAACUCGAGCGGCAUGGGGCUCAGCAUCGUCGCCGCCAAGGGAUACGGCCAGAACAAGCUUGGCAUCUAUAUCAAGUCCGUAGUGGCGGGCGGAGCGGCAGCCGCAGACGGGCGACUAGCAGCCGGCGAUCAACUGUUAUCGGUAGAUGGACAAUCGCUAGUCGGAAUAACACAAGAGAAGGCAGCAGAAUACCUGAUGCGUACUGGUCCUGUAGUGACGCUGGAGGUGGCUAAGCAAGGGGCCGUCUUACACGGUCUCGCUACGCUGCUCCAUCAGCCCGCAUACUCGCAGAAACCAGGGUCGGCGGGUGUAGUUGGGACAGUGGGCCCGGGUGGACGGCGUUUGUCAGAACGCGACCUAUCACGAUUGCCCGCUGAGCCGGUCAAACCGAGCAAGAGUACUCCCGCGCUACAUCACGCUCAUCCAGCAUCACACCAUCCUCAGAGAUGGUCAUCGUUGCGUAGCUCGACUGGCAGUAAUCGUCCACAGUCUGCACACUUCGCCGCCGCAGCCGCCGAUCAACAAUCGAAUGAUGCACAUAUACAUCAACAGAUGUCGGCUCGUUCGGCGAAAUUAGCGGAGAUGUCAGAAGAAGUGAACAGGCGCAUCCAGCAGCAGCAGCAACAACAGCAGCAGCAGCAGUUCCAGCAGAAGCAGCAACCGAUCCAGCCGCAGAUGCAACCUGCUAUGCAGCCCGGGCACAAUCACCGACAGAUCGCGAGUCCGCCAAUGGUGACGAGUGGGUACGCGGGCCCUCCGCAACCGCCUCUAUCGCCGCCGCCCACGCAUAGUCCUUUAUAUCAUAACAAUCCGCAGCCACACCAGCAACAGAGGUAUGAUUGGCACCAGCCUGGACCACCGUCGCCGCACAGAUCACAACCUCCUGUAGCUCCAAAACCACAGAAUGGAAGGCGGUCCGAGAACGAGAUGGAAGAACAAUUCCAACAGUCGCAACAAGUGCCCUCUGGAGUCACAGUACAGCCAGACGACGAACGGUACGUGGCCAGCGCGCUGGAGCCCCCCGCGGUGUCGGUGUACCCGGCGGGCGGCGCGGGGGCGGGGGCGGGGGCGCGCGCUCAGCCCCCACACAACCCCUGGCAGCGGGAGGAGCGCGAGCGGCAAGCUGAGGCGAGGCGGCAAGCUAACCGCGCGCGCAGGGACGCAACAAUCGCCCAACUGGUAGCCCUGGGAGCGGCUCGUACACCCGUACAGAAUCAACAGCUGCGUGCGUUACAGCUAGAGAGAGAUUUCGAGCGACGAGCCACGCAACAUGAUCAGGAGGAGGGUGCUGCAACGGAAGGAGGGGUUGAAGAAGAUGAGGAUGAACCCGAAGAAGAACAGCGCGGUCCCCCUCAACCCCCCGCGCACAUGCAGCUCCAUCAACACCCACAUCCGCCCAAGUCCAUACUGAAGGUCAACACGAGACCAGAAUUAGCCAACGGUUCCGAGUCAAAUGGAAGCAAAUCGCGUGUCCGAAGUAACGGGCAGCAUGGGCGCGUUGACCGUGAGCUCGGCGGGUACUCACACGGCGAGUGGUCACAGUCAGGGCGCGGGGGCGGCCCCGCCGCCGCCGCCCGCGCGCGGCUCCUCCUUCGCUGUGAUGGCGGGACGGACCAGGACCGUCCAUCAUCAUGCAUAUUUGUGUGUAUGUACAGAUCUCCGGUGAGCGGUGGUCGUGACAAGCGCGUCUCGUUCCACGAGCGGGCGGCGGCGCCGAGUCCCACCCCCGCGCCCCCGCCCGCGCCCCCUUCCACCUCGCCCCCGCCCCUCGACCCGCAACCCAGGGAGGACCCCGAUCGGUUCAUCGAAGAGGCGGAAAAUAUGUUAUCGGGCGGUGUAUCACCCGGAGCGCCUGCGACCACGCAUACGCCCGGGGUAAUUGGUGCCCAAGAAGUUUACAGAGAUCCGCGCGCCCGGCGGCUGGCUGAGCAGCAGGCGCGCGUCACCGCCGCUCCGGUACCGGAACAACUGUCCUUCAAGGAGAAGAUGAAAAUGUUCGCACUCGAGUCCGGAGAGAAUUCCACACCCAAGGACAAGGUUAAAAUAUCUCGAGCUCAACGUGACAUCGACGCAGUACACUAA